AAAUCUUUCUACACAUUACAUUCGCUUGUAUGUCCUGGUGAUCGAAUCUUGAUCCCUAUUCUCAUUCGCCGCAUUUUCAUGAUUUCUCUUCUAUGUCUUCUAGGAAACGGAAGCCCCCGGUGGAUAUAGACUCUGAGAGAACAAAUAAAUCAUCUACCAAAAAACCAAAGCCUAAUGAACAUUCGUCUCGGACCUCAUCAAAAACCAAAAAAGAUGCAUUGGCGCCUCCACAAUUUCCGCUUCGGUCUGAGUUAGAUAUAAGAAAUGCCUCCGUGCUUGCAUGUGGAUCCGGCGAUAUGUACCAGCUCGGUCUUGGGCCAGACGUCAUGGAGGCCAAGCGACCUCGUCCAAUUCCGGAACUGUCCAAUACGCACAUUCGCCAGUUGGUUGCGGGCGGUGCGAGUAAUGCGGCCAUCUUGGUAGAUCCGGACAGCGGAAAGGAGAGUGUAUGGACAUGGGGAUGUAAUGACUUGUAUGCGCUCGGACGUCGAACGAACGGAGAAGACGACCAAAUUACCCCGAAGUCAAUUACGGGUUUGACAGAUGUCGUGCAAGUUUCUGUUGGCGACAACCAUAUGCUGGCACUCAAAUCGAAUGGACAAGUCUAUUAUUGGGGAUGCUACCGUGAUAUGAAUGGGAUUCUUGGGUUCAAAUUCGAGAGCAAGGCUACCAAGCAACUCAACCCAGAAUUGUUAGACAUAUCGCUCAAAAAAAAAAUAGUUCAGAUUGCCUCUGGUGAAAACAGUAGCUUUGCCUUAACAGAUGGGGGCAAGGUUUACGUAUGGGGAGAUGCCAGAAUCUGCUUGCGCACUUCCCCCCGCACUAAUACGCGUUAUUGUGGAUUAAAACCGUCCAUAAUUUUAUGUAACCAAAAAUUCAAGAAAAUCUUUGCUGGAGGAUUUCAUGUGUUGUUGAUUGCCGCGGACGGCGCCCUCUGGGCGCUAGGCCUGAAUAACUACAGUCAGUUAGGUGUUGACGAAUCCCUCGAGCUGACAACUAGGCCGAGACGAGUCUUAGGCCUGCCGCCGAAUAUCGAGAUAAAGAUGGCCGCUGCGGGUCAACACCACACGUUGUUACUCACACAGGACGGACAGGUCUAUUCGUGGGGGAGAGGCGACUACGGACAGCUUGGACACGGUGACACUGAUCCCCAGCCAUAUCCUAAGAAGGUUGAGGCAUUCGAGAGACUCUUGAAAGGUGACAAAGUUGUUCAGAUUUCAACCGGAGGGCACCAUUGCUUGGCUACUACGCAGAAUGGGGAGGUGUACGCGUGGGGUUUUGGAGAUAUGGCGCAACUGGGGGUAGGCGUGGAUGAAGACAAGUUAGUACCAGAAAAACUGGAUAACACAAAUCCGAAAAGUCAUUUGACAGGAAAGAAGGUUGUUUGGGCGAGUGGAGGGGGUCAGCAUUCGGUGUUCCUUGCUACCCCCGUUCCAGAGGCAGCGAGUUUGAGGCGUAAAAAAAUGAAGUGAUUUGUAGAGAAGAAUGCAAAUAGAGAGAGAAGACAUGGCUAUGCCCUCAUCGAGGAGAGAUUACGAACGCCAUCACAUAUAUGUCAUAGAUUAUGAUUUGCAAUUAUACACAUAUGUAUAUAUAUACAUAUAUAUUGUUGGUAAUAUUGAGAGGCAAGUGUUUGCAAUAGAAGUUCUGGUGUUUAUCUG